UACUCCACACUGUAAAGCGCUUUACUCACUUGGUUUCUUCUCCAUUCACAAAAUCAGCAGAGUUUCCAAACUCAGUGGAAGUUUCAGCAGAAACUGAUCAACUUAUUACAAUUAAAAAAAAGAUUUUGUUUUGUUUUGUUUUUUAACUGAUCCUAAAUUUCAUCCAGUGGCAGAAAAACACCUGGUGAUGUUUUACUAGAUGUUCUUCAUUCCUCCAGGGCGCUGAAUCACAUUCUUUCUGGUCAAAGAGCUAAAGACAUGAUUUUACAUCACAUCAGGCUUUUACAUCACUCGAGGGAGUUUUAUUUUCCCAGACAUCUUAUCAAUGCAGCAGAAAGACAGUGGUGUUGUGACGAUGCGGCUGUGGGUCCAAAUAUGGCAACUUGUACUGCUCCCCCUGCUGUUACUACCAGUGUCAUUCUGCAGCGCAUGUCCACAGCACUGCAGCUGCCAGGACAUAGGUACCAUCUUCUGCAUAACGCGACGUGCUUCCACCAUGCCCCUCAACCUUCCUGCUUCCACUUGCAAUCUGUACGUGUUUCAGAAUGGAAUUGACUUCCUGCAAGAGCAAGACUUCCUUGGUCUUGUUGAUCUGGAACUGCUGGACCUGAGCCAGAACAGACUUUCAGUGAUUCCUGACAGGGUUUUUGGCUCUCUUACCUCCUUGCGCAACCUCGACCUCUCUUCAAACAAAAUUACUGAAAUCUCUAAAGACAGCUUUAAUGGGUUGGUCAAGCUAGAGAGGUUGUAUAUGCACAACAAUCGCAUCCAGAGCAUUCACCCAGAUGCAUUUAAGGGAUUGGAGGACCUGUUGGAGUUGAAGCUUCAGGGAAACCAGAUCAGUGUACUUCCUGCUCUGUAUCUUCCCAGACUGCUGUUGCUUGACCUCAGUUUCAACAGUAUUCCUGCACCUGGACCUGCUGACCUGCAGACACCACACUUGGAGUCACUAAAGUUGGCUGGGCUGGGGCUGACCACUUUGGAUGAAGGAUUACUGAGAAGCCUGGGAAAUCUUCAUGAUAUAGAUGUAUCUCAGAACAAGUUAGGUGGAAUGCCACCUGCAUUAAUAUCCGCAAAAGGGCUAACUCGCCUUAACUUAGCAACUAACCCUCUGGGCCCGCUUCGUCAGGAGGACUUUAAGAACCUGGUAGGAUUGCAAGAGCUGGAUCUGAGUAACCUGAACCUGCAGGGAUUCCCUGUGGAUUUUUUCCAGAUGUUUCCAAAGCUAAAUCACCUAACAGCUGCACAGAAUCCUUUCAACUGUGUUUGUUCACUGUCUUGGUUUCCCAACUGGAUGAAGAAUGCAAAAGUGUCUCUUGGACGGACUGAGGAGACACGCUGCCACUUCCCUCUUAUAAAUGCAGGCAGGAUGCUUUCUGAGCUAGAACACAAAGACUUUGGUUGCCCUACCACCAUCACUGAACUGUCCGAGAUACUUACUAGCAGCAGCAUGCAUAAAACUCCAGACCCCACCACUGCUCCACAUAUCACAAUUAAUGUCCCUCCAUUUGUCCCCAGUGAGGAGUUACCAGUUGAGCAUGUCCAGCAUGUGCCUUCUGAGGCUUCUGCCUCUCCCGGAAGUAGCGAGGAAUAUGAGGAGCACAUGUGCCCUCCAAACAUCUGCCUGAAUGGUGGUACAUGCAAGUUCGACCAAAAGGGGCAAGUAAAUUGCCUGUGUCCUCUGGGUACAUCGGGGACGUACUGUGAAAACCAAGAUGAGUCCCAACCUCCGCCAUUGUCCCCGAGAGUUGCUGUGGUGACAGUUCCUUCAAUAAAACCAGACAUGAUUAGCUUCCAUCAAGUAACCAGCACCUCAAUUUCUCUGGAUCUGCACCGGUACAUUGAGUCCCGACCCAACAUCCGUGGAAUUCGUCUGACUUAUCGCAACCUGUCUGGUCCUGACCGCAGACCGCUCCAACUCAAUGUACCUGCUACAUACCCAGAGUACACACUGAGAGGGCUACAGCCCAACUGCACAUAUUCCGUUUGUGCCAGUCCAUUGGAUGAGCCUGUAGACAAAGCUGUCAGCUCCUGCAUGGAUGCUCAUACUGCUGGAGUCCUUCAGCAACCCACUGUGAACAAACCUGAACCUUUCUCCUUUCUUGUACCCAUAUUGGUAGCGGUAGCUGUGGUGAUGGCAGUGGCCAUAGUUGCAGCAGUGGUGGUGGUUUUACGGAGAAAAAUAGCAAAAACGCCCACAGAUAUGGAUCUUGGUGAACCAACCCCUUUUGAGUUAGAAGGUGUGAAGAUGGGUUUGGAGAAUGGAACAUCACCCCAGAAACAGGCUGAGAUCUUGCCUUACCCACCAGCAUCUCAGAACGGCAUGGACUACGAGGUCCCGUUGAUCCAAGAACAAUUUGCAUCCAACAACAACACAGAUCAGAGGAUACCUUCAUACUUUUAGCGCCGCUCAGACAUCUAGCACCUAGACAGAGGUGCACUCUGAUAACCCCUGCAGGCGGGUCAAGUGCAAGCGCAGUGCAGUCGCAUGGUUUGAGUGUUUAAAUACUUUGACAGAAGUCAUUUUAACAAAGUGCAAUUGCCAAAUGAGGUAUUAUUUGUUGCUGAAAGUGCCUUGCAUGUCUUGCUUUAGCUGCACUGUUCUCUAAUAAAUUUGAAAGGACAAAGUGUGCACAGGGCUAUCCUGGUGUUAGACAUAACCAGCCUGACCAGAGCAUGAAUCUGAAAGAAUUUUAGCAUAUCCUAUCAGGUGGAGAGACAAAAAACUUCAGUCGAAAUGCAGAUUUGUGCAUCUCCAAGAGCUUGACAUGGUGCGCAAGUCCCAGACCGGAUUAUACCAUUUUGAAAUAUGGUGAUGAAAAACAGGAUUGACUCCUCAUUGAAAAGGACGUUCUGAGGAAAUCUGUUUUUUUUUAACCUUUCGAACGACAUGCACUGACAUGAGUUUGAGGUCUGUGACUAUGCCUGCGCUUCUGAAAAAAAAAGAAAGAACGAUGCACUGAUUAGAAUUUCCAAUUUGUGUUCAAAAGGGCUAAAUUAGAGAACAUGGACAGGUUGUUCAGCCAUCAUUCCUUCAUGCUGCAGCUUCAGAAACACUUCCUUCCUUUCCUUGGCCUACAGAUAUUUUUCGAAAUUUGCUGUGAAUGAAAAUUCAUGAAGGGACUGUUUACCCUUGUGUAUAGUUUGUGCUGUACAUGUGACUAUACUGUCUGUUUUUUUUUUUUUGGGGGGGGGGGUAUUUUUAGCUGAUAUUUUAUUUUUCUAUCAUUUUAUAUCUCCAAGCUGCAGACAUGGUUACCGGAGCCUGUAUGUUUUAUCAUUUGCCUGAAAAGCUGACAAACUGUAGAUAACAAUGGCAUUCUGUUUUAUACUAUUGCAGUGUAUCACUUACCGUUUGGUACUUUAUCAGUCAACUGGUGCAUGUAGACCAGACUUAACAGCCUCAUUUCCAUGACUUCAUUUAAGCUCGCUGCAUUAUGAAGAACCAUUUCA